GCUCUCCAUUAUUCUAGACGGCCGGUGAUGGCCUGUAAUUUUUAAGAUUUAACUGAGUCCGGCCUUGUUCCAUUCGCUUUUGAAGUGCACGAGGCGGGAAGCUGGCUGUUGUGUUUAGUGUCUUUCGUUUAGGACAACGUUUUAAUUCUACCAAAGCCACAAUCAUGAAAACAUAUUUUGAUAUCAGUAUUGGUGGAGGAGCUGCUAAACGUGUUGUUUUUGAACUUUUUGAUAAAGAUGUGCCAAAGACAGCUGAUAAUUUCAGAGCAUUGUGCACUGGUGAAAAAGGGUUUGGGUACAAAGGUAGCAAGUUUCAUCGUAUCAUUCCUGGGUUUAUGUGCCAAGGUGGUGACUUUACCAGAGGAGAUGGAACUGGUGGUAAAUCAAUUUAUGGUGAGAAGUUUGCUGAUGAGAACUUUAAAAGAAAACAUACUGGUAAGGGAAUUCUAUCCAUGGCCAAUGCUGGACCAAACACAAAUGGCUCACAAUUCUUCAUAUGUACUGCUCAAACUCCAUGGUUGGAUGGUAAACAUGUUGUUUUCGGACAAGUUGUAUCAGGGAUGGAAGUCAUUGAUGCAUGCGAAAAGGUUGGAUCAUCUAGUGGCAAAACAUCAUCUCCUGUUUUAAUAGUUGAUUGUGGAGAGUGUUAAAUCUUUUAUAAAAAAAAAAUUUUUUAUCGUU